UUCCCACAGGUGGCUGCGCUGGAGCGGCAGAUCUUUGACUUCCUGGGCUACCAGUGGGCUCCUAUCCUCGCCAACUUCCUGCACAUCAUGGCGGUCAUCCUGGGCAUCUUUGGCACCGUGCAGUACCGCUCCCGGUACCUCAUUUUGUACGCAGCCUGGCUGGUGCUCUGGGUUGGCUGGAAUGCGUUUAUCAUCUGCUUCUACCUGGAGGUUGGACAGCUGUCCCAGGACCGGGACUUCAUCAUGACCUUCAACACGUCCCUGCACCGCUCUUGGUGGAUGGAGAAUGGGCCAGGCUGCCUGGUGACACCUGUCCUGAACUCCCGCCUGGCCCUGGAGGACCACCAUGUCAUCUCUGUCACCGGCUGCCUGCUUGACUAUCCCUACAUUGAAGCACUCAGCAGCGCCCUGCAGAUCUUCCUGGCUCUGUUCGGCUUCGUGUUCGCCUGCUACGUGAGCAAAGUGUUCCUGGAGGAGGAGGACAGCUUCGACUUCAUCGGCGGCUUUGACUCCUACGGAUACCAGGCGCCCCAGAAGACGUCGCAUUUACAACUGCAGCCUCUGUACACGUCAGGGUAGCUUCUGCUCCACGCCCAGCCACG